AUGGAUUGGAACCAAGCUUCUUUCACGGUAGAUCGCUUCAUACGGGUUUGUGAUGAGAAUUUGGCUGAAUUGAGACAGAAACAUUCAGUUAUACAGAAGGUAACUUUUUCUUCUUGGUCGGGCGGGUGAUUUUGAUUUUUUUUAAAUUUUUGGCCUGUGGUAGGCUUGAAAGGGGGCCUACUAGGCGUGGCCUAAACUCCGGUCAUCGAUGCUUCGGCCCGAGCCCGGAUUGUACGUACUCGGGCCAAAGCAUAGUUCAAAAGAGUGUAAACAGACCGGCACACGCCGACCCGAGGGUCAAGGCUUAAACUAACUUUUGUAAAACCCAGCGUUUUACAGGCCUAGUUCUACUUUACUUAUACUUAUGUUUCAGUCAGAACGAGAAAGAGAUUACGAACGUGCCACGACAGAAAAAGAGGACGUCAAAAAGCUUAUCAAUCAAAUACAGACAGCAUUACAAGAGGUACGAUAUUUAUCCACACACUUUUACAUUUCUUUUUUGAUGAGUUAGCUUCAAAUCACAGCUUAUACUUAACGAGUUAAGGAAAAACACUUUAUUAUGGUUACUAUAGUUAUCUUUACAGUUAACAUAUAGUUACUUUUUUAGUUAUUAUAUCUACUUUUUUAGCUACUAUCCCUUCGAUCACAACUAGAUCCAUCAGUUCGAGAACGAUUCGACGCUAGAAUCGAAGGAACUCGGAACAGAAUCACUCAAGCCAUAACUUUAAUCUUGCCAAAACUUGGAGGUCAAGCUGAUAAAGCCUCAACGAAUCCAUUUGACGAUGAUGAACCUACUGGAGUACCAUUGGGAUCUAGUGGUACUAAAAAUGAGAGUUCAAAAGGUAAUGGUUUAGAUAAAAAGAUGAUAUCUAACCCUAUCCUUACCCUUGUCUUUACCCUCACUUCUACCCAACCUUUAAAUUUGCCUUACUGUAAUUCUGCCUUACCGUAAUCCUACUUUAUCACAACCCUUUUUCUUUGUCAUUCUAUCUUAAACAUAAUAUUUUAGACAAAGACACUCCAUUCAAGCCAACCGGCCCAUCAAAUCCCUUCGAUACAAACCUAUUCGACGAUUGUUUUGAUGAUGAACAACUGAAUAGAGCCGCUUCUGAAUACGAAGCACAACUACAGGUUGAAGCCGAGCGGUCGUAUAAAGAAAAAAGACUUCAGGAUCUAAAAUUGAAGGCAGAACAAGCAAGAGCUGAUGCUGAAGCCACUAAAAAGCUGAAUAAUGUAGGGAGUUCUUACCUUACUUUUAUUCUAUCUUUAAAUCACUCUCUCUUCUCUUAACUAAUCUUAUCUUCUUUUCAGGACAUUGAAGACCUAAACCAAAUAAUGGUAGACCUAGCCCAACUUGUUCAUGGUCAAAACGAAAUGGUCGAUUCCAUCGAAGAUCAAGUUGAACGUACCGUCCACGACGUCAAUACCGGCCAUAGAGAGUUGAAGAAAGCGGUGCGGACAAAGCAAGCUAGAGUACCAUUCUAUGCGGCUGCCGUUGGAUCUUUGGCAGCCGGAGGACCAGUGGCAGUGGCAGCCGGCUCAAUGGUGGCCGGAGCGGCCGCUGCUGUUGGAGGAGCGAUCGCUGGACUAUAUGGUGGAAGAAUGAUUAAGAAGAAGGUUGCUGAUGAGAAUUCUUAA